CCACGCACAGACCGUGUGGUAUUCUUUUGCUUUUAUUUGCUUUUACAACCACGACCGGCACUACAUCCUCCCUGGCAACCUGGCGACAACCCCUGGUAUGCCCCGCCAUGCCUGCAGACCAACCCGACAACCAACAGACCACCCCGCCCAGGGGUGCUUCCGGACUGGGACGCUCCCCUAGUAUAUUCUCAUACCAGACACGCCUUCUGGGACAGAUCGCAAAUGGACGGCAGACCCCCCCGCCGGCUACAUCAAUAGCCAGCUCUCCUGCCUACACGUCACUCGCUUCCAUCGCAGGCAGGGACAAGGCUUCACCGCCUUCCACACCUAUCCGACGAGCGGUGGCCAAGAUGGUCAUAGACUCUGACUCUACACCGCCUGCGAAACCUCCACGUCCAUCAGUCGGUCAUGCUCGCAGUGCAAAGUCUGUCGACUUGGUAAGAGGGCAAUGGGAAGCAAAAAUAGCAGGCGUCCCUGAACCUUCUCGUCCUCCAUCGAGGUCCAGCCGUCUCGGGGAAACUUCCGUCCCCGCUGCCCCUGCACCAGUAUUGACGGCGACUGAAAGCCCGGUAGAUGCAAAGUCGACAAUGCCCCCUCCGCCUGUACCAAAUGUCGAAGGCGGAUCGAGCAAAUUUGGGAGCACCUACAUGGCUCGUCGCGCGGCCAAGAGGGCCACCGUAGACGGUGUCAGUGGAUUUGAUCCCACACGUAUACCGUCAGCAGCUUCAACUGCCUCUACAUCCACCAGUGAUCGUCCCGCAUCACCCUCCAUCACUUCAUCGACCUCGCUUCUUACCCCCAAUGCCACGGGUGACAGCUUGGCCCCGUCAGCCAAAGGGCAAUCAGUUGAAGAACGACUGGCAAUUGCCAAAGCGAACGCUUUGAAGAGGCGACAAGCGCGAGAACAGGCAAAGGCUGGAAGCGCUCAAUCCGUUGCCUCUCUUGACGUCGCUCAACCGGCAUCAAAGACGCCAGAAACCAAGCAACCUGAAACAAUUGCUUCUGGGGCCGAUGUGCAAAGUGUCACUGAAACGAGACCCAAGAAUUUUGGCAAUGGGCAUGAAACGUCGAGGCUACCUAAAGCUACUGAAACGGACACCAAAAAAGAGGAGCGUGACGUAAAGCAGGCCGCUGAACCAAGCCCAUCAAUGCCUUUGGCUUCCAAGAUCGCUUCUUCUCCCUUUGCUCAACUUUUUACCCCGCCCUCACGUCCCGCAACACAAUCAGAGGCUCCGGUAUCCUCCACCUCUUCCAACCCCCAGUCCUCGCUACGUUCCAUCGCCACUGCCCCUUCUACCAACCGUUAUGUUCCUUCCGGUCUUUCGGUGUCUUCAGCCCCUCCAUCGUCUUUUGAACAGCCAAAAAAUUCUGGAGGCAAAUACGGUUCAAUCAGCAAGAGUGAUAACCGACGACUGGGGCGCCAUCUGCCGAGAAUUGCAUCUGGCGAAAAGGGGUGGGAGGAUGAUCAGGCCUCCAAACAUGCAAAGGGGGCGUCCGAGGGGAGAAGGGUACCAUCGACUUUGGGCAAAAAAUUUGUCACUGCGGAUAGCGAGGAAGAGAAUAAACCUCCUGUCACGAAAGCAGACAAGAAACCAGACGCAUCGUCGGUUGCCCCCUCCCCGAAGACUUCCAUCUCCCGAGCCACUCGUCCUCCCGACAUUGACAUCCUCGGGUCGUCUGAAGUUGAGAACCGCUCUUCCGAGACUCGCCCGACCGCCACUCCAACAAAGAGACGCUCUCAGUUCAUGCCCUACACUCCAAAGUCUACCAUUCCCGACUUUAGUGGCCCCAAAUCUCCUCGAGUCGAGCUGAGCGGGGCUGAUAUGAAGGGACUCAUGAGCGCUGUCGGCAGCUUGCCAGCUAGAGGUGAUGCAAAAGACGAAGAAGACGGUGUGACUGGUAUGUCCAAUCGUCUUCGUCUUACAAAGUCUCGCCUUCCGCCCUCUGCCUCAUCAGCAUCUGUCGCUCCGGCACCGCUUCCUUCCAGACGUCUAAUGCAGACCAAUUGGAUGGACCGUAAUCGAUUUGCGCUGGGUUCUUACGAGUAUCUGUGUCACGUAGGAGAGGCGCAGCAAUGGAUUGAAGGCUGUUUGGAUGAAGAGCUGCAGUUUGGCGUGACCGAGUUGGAAGACGGUUUGAGAGAUGGAGUGGUGCUCGCAAAACUCGCAAGGGUGUAUGAGGGUGAAGGGGUGGUGAAGAAGAUUUGGAUGGAAUCGAAACAUAGAUACAAGCAAUCAGACAACAUCAAUUAUUUCCUCAACUUUGUUAGAAAUGUCGGGAUGCCAGAGACUUUUAUUUUUGAACUUACAGACCUUUACGACAAGAAGAACAUUCCCAAAGUCAUUUUUUGCAUCCAUAUUCUGAGUCACUUACUCGCACGUCUUGGUCGUGCCGAACGCAUUGGAGACUUGGUCGGCCAGUUUGAAUUUACUAAUGAACAAAUCGAAGCCACACAAAAGGGACUGAAAGGCGUGGCUAUGCCCAAUUUCGGAGACGUCCGAAAUACACUUGCGAAAGAAGCAAGCUGGGUCCCAGAGGAGCCGGAAGAGACGGAGGAAGAGAUUCGGGAUCGUCUCCUUCUCGGAUGCGAAGACAGUAUCGUGAGCCUUCAAAGCUAUUUGCGCGGCCAUCCUGCUCGCAAGCGUGCUUCCCGAGUUCAAGCGCAGCUCGAGCUUGCCGAUCCUAUCACUCGAAGACUACAAGCUCGCGCACGAGGCGCGCUUUGCCGCCGUGCUCUGCUCGCUCAGCUGGACGAGCGCAAGCCUCUUCAAGAGAUGACCCGUUUCAUUCAAGCUGCUGCUAGAGGGAAGAUGGUCAAAAAAAAGUGGCAGGCUCGGCUCGGCGAGGUUACGAAUGUGGAGAGAAACAUACUCGCUGUACAAGCGCAGCUGAGGGGUGUAUUGGUCAGAUCUCGGAAGCGUGGAGAGGCAAAGCGUUUGCAGCAAACAGGUCGUGCGAUCGUAGGGUUACAAGCUCAUUGUCGAGGCUGCAUGGCCAGAUGGGACCGGAAGCUUCACCAGGCUACUGUAGCCCUGCCUCAUGUUGUCGAGUCUAUUGAGUCGCUCCAAGCUUUGUUGCGAGGCCGCCUUCACAGGCAAAAUGCUGCCCGGCAACAGCGCGUCAUCUAUUCCCAGGUUCCCACAUUCCUCUCUCUGCAGAGCCAGCUUCGAGGAGCACUUGUGCGCCGCAAGAUUCGUGCUCAGGAGCAGAAGAUGGACGAUGCUUCUACCUACGUGGUGGCUAUCCAAGCAGUGGCUCGCGGGGUUCUUGCCCGACGGAAGAAACGCGCGUUUACUCAAGUCCUUCAACAAUCUGCGCCUUCGACAAUCUCCUUCCAGACUAUGGCACGUGCUCGUCUCGCCAAACAAACCCACAAGAACAUGCAAAAGGCUUUGGCGAAAGUCGAAGUUGCAGGGUCGGUCGGUGGCCUCCAAGCCUUUUUGAGAACGAGAUUGGCGAAGAAACAGACCACCGAGCAGAAGAAGAAGCUCGAGUUCGUCCAACCGGACGUCAUUGGUUUCCAAGCGGUCGCUCGAGGUUAUCUCGCUCGGGAAGACUACCAGUUUUGGAGGGAUUACCUCCAUGACGGCCGGACGAUUGGCGCCUUGAUCUUCCUUCAGUCUCUCAUUCGCGGCUUCAAUGCUCGUCGAAGGCUAUACAUCCGUACUAGCUACGUCCACCACAAUGUCGACAAAAUCAUCAAAGUACAAGCACUCUGGCGAGGUCGACAGCAGCGACUUUCGUACGAAAGACUGAUCACUGGUGUCGAUGUUGAUGUUCCGACCAUCCAGAGCUACAUGCACCUUCUCGACGACACCGAGUCCGACUUUGCGGAUCAGGUACGCAUUGAAGCUCUUCGAGGACAAGUGGUCGAUUUGAUCAGGGAGAAUCAAAAUUUGGAGACGGAAGUCAAGGACCUGGAUACGAAGAUUGCUCUGAUCAUCAACAAUCAGAUGACCUUCCAGGAACUUGCCCGCGCUAAACGUCGAACAGAACAAGCAACAUACCAUGCGCCAAACAAUGAUCCCUUCUCUGGCGGCGUGCAUCUCGAUCGCACAAAUCAACGCAAGCUGGAAUUAUACGAACAAUUGUUCUUCAUGCUUCAAACCAAGCCGGAGUAUAUUUCUAGGCUUUUGAGAGUCCUCGCGAAGGGCGAUGGAAGCUCCGACAAAGAGAUGAGGCUACUGGAAGGCGUAACAAUGAUUCUGUUUGCGUUUGGCCAUGAGAGGCGGGAAGAGUAUCUGUUCCAUAAACUUCUCCAACUCGCCGUUCACGAAGAGAUCCUUCGCGCCCACACAUUACACGACCUCGUGAACUCUCGAUUCCCCAUCUUGCCUAUCACCACCCAGUACACGAAGACUUCACUCACACCUUUCAUCCACGACGUCGUCGCACCUCAUAUCAUGAGAAUUGUUAGCGCGCCCGAAUCAGACUUGUGUUCUGAUCCAGUCAAGAUCUACAUGGACAUUAUCAAUGCAGAGGAGACCCAGAACGGAGUACCAUCGGCGCUCCCGAGGGACAGAAAUGCCGAUCAGAUCCUGCAAGAGCAUGCUUUGACCCGGGCACUCUUUAUAAGAAACCUCCAAGAAUUGAGGAACUUGACUGAUCUCUUGCUGGGGGACAUCCUCCAGGCGCACGCCAAGCUGCCGUACACCAUCCGCUUACUCGCUCGUGAGGCUUUGCUCGCACUACAGACCAAAUUCCCGGACGCUACCGACGAUGAUCUCGUCCCGGUAGUCGCCAAGACCGUAAUUCUUCCUUUCUUGCUUCCUGCUAUCAUUGCGCCAGAGCAAUUCGGCAUGGCGCCCGAGGGUGUCGGGGCGGUGGAACGACGUAAUCUCUCAGAGCUAGCAAACCUCUUGACUCAUGUCGCUGGACAAGAGUACACCAAUACACCGGACCAGAGAUUGCUUAGGACACCUCUCGAAGCAUUCAUCACUGCCAUGGCAAUGCCCUUCCGGGAAUGGGUGCUUGACGUCGCCGAUGUCGAACACGCUGAGGGUCAUUUCCAUGCUCACGAGCUCUUUGAGUCGACGGUGGAAGCCAAACCCAUCAAGAUCACUCGGUCCGAUAUCUAUGGCACGCUCAGUAUUCUCGUUCAGAACCAGGAUUACAUUACAUCGGGCAACAAGAAAGACCCCAUCAUAUCUAUAUUGGAAGAGCUAGAAGGCCCUCCUAUCGAAUAUGACCGAGGCAAGAAUACGGUCAACCUGCGCCUCACCAAUCGCUUGGCGGGACCUCAGCCCGGGGAUCCCGAUGCUGCCGCAAAAGCCGAUUGGAUACAAGCCAAACGACACGUUCUUGCUGUCCUUCGUGUUCAAUCUGGCAAGACACUCUUUGAUGUCUUGGUCAGUAGCCCUGAAGAAGUCCAUGAGCAGAUGUGGAUUGAAGAGGUGCACCGGGACAUCGCGCUGGAGACUGCUCGAAAAGCAAAGCACGGAUUGCCACCAACGCCCGUUGAAGCAGAGUACCAAAUUGAAAGUAUUCGAUCAAUGCCGUUCCAUGAGGUCAAAUCUCGUGCCAUCGAAUUCUGCAUGAAGUUGGAGCGGUCUGGACGACUAUCGAGGGACGACAAUCUCCAAGGUCUGCUCGUGUCUAUCGCUUCUGAUAUUCGACAAAAGCACCAUCUACGAAGAAUCCGCAAAGACAACUUGGCGGGCAUGGUCAAAGCUCAUGAAGACAUGUCUAAAAAGAAGGCGGAAUUUGAGUCUCAGGUGAAGGCGUACCAUGAUUAUAUUGACGGAGCCAUGGCAGAGCUGCAAGCCAAGGGGAAAAAGAAGCCCACAUUCAUGAGCAAGCAGUACAGACAUCAAAUGUCUCAACGAAGACAAGGCAAGCAAGCCAAGUUUGGGUCCUACAAAUACACUGCUUCUGAACUGUAUGAGAAGCGCAUUCUCCUUUCCGUCAACCAGAUCUCCCCUCGUCAAUUUGACAAGCUCUUCAUUGUGAUCUCCUCCAACGAGGUGGGCGUUUUUGAUUGUCAACUUCUGUACCCGUCCUCGCCCACCGCGCCUGGUGGAUUACUCGGAGAAGACCAGGUCAGGAUGGAGGAUCUCUUGGGGGCUCAGUAUGAGAACAAGGAGAGACUAGACAUGUUUGAUGGACAAGCAGCGUUCAGCUUGAACAUGCUGAUACACCAAGUCAACAAGAAAUUUUACAGCUCAUAAGCGACAAUAUGGUGUCAAGGACGUGUUUCAUUUUGAUGGACUAGGAUUGUGGUCAUAACGAGUAACGAUUAAUGCUUGCGCUUUCGGUAUUUCAUGAUGUACGUUUUACGAUGACUGACACAAGGGGUAUCCCCGUGUACAGCUAUAGAGUACAAAUGCGAUCAUUAUGUACCAGUACAGUUUACAGUUAUCGCGAGAAGGGCCCAACGGUAAUUUUCUGAUAGAUUGAAACCCCAUGGCGAUUUAUGGGUGUGUGUAAUCAUGGUCCCCUUAGCGUUCGUAUUGACCGAGAACGGCGUUGUAACAACAUGAGGGGUCAGUGAUGGUGCAACUUUGGCUGCGUUCAAGUGGGGGCGCCAGCAAAAGAUAUAUACAGA